CUUGUCAAUUGUGAAGAAUUCAAUCUUGUUAUUUUAGUUGCUCAGAUGUGAUUGUAUAACAACUUAGGAUAUAAUGCUCUUUAGAGCUAGCGGCCGCUGGAUGAAAGACGGACCGGGUUAACGUUCAAUGAACUUAAUGCUAGCAAGUAUAUCUUGACUUGAAUCUUCCAUUCAGCACAACCUGUCAAUCAACACAAAAUGGCGGACAAACUUCGCGCGCAGCAGCAGCUUGAACAACUCCAGCAGCGUUAUGUUGGAACAGGCCAUGCUGAUACAACUAGAUUCGAAUGGACGAGUAAUAUUCAGAGAGAUUCAUAUGCCUCGUAUGUGGGCCACCCGCCUUUAUUGAGUUACAUGGCAAUUGGAAUGGGAAGUCCAAGGGAGAUUGUUAGGAAAAAUAUGAUUGAGAAAAUGAUACAACCAGUUGGAAAGCCCCCCGAGGUGCAGGAUUAAAGAUAUUGGGCAUGGAAUCUUCUAAUGGAAAAUUAAGAGAGGAUAUCCCUUCAAUUGAAAAUAAGGGAAUCGCAUAUCGACAACACUCAUGGACAUGACAAGAUGAUAUCGGAGUGCGGAGGCAGGGGAGGACUGUUCAAGUUGAUAUCGGCGAGGAGUCAUGUUAUGGUGUUAAUGGCGCAAAAAUAUAUUUGGAGUCAGAUUGAUAUCACAUAACAAAGCUUUGUAAGAGGAGAAAC